GUUUGAUGCUUCAGAUCGUCUCACCUGCAGUGAAGCUCGACUGAAAAUCUGGCAGCAGCGGCAGGCACUGGCGCUGUAGUGCUCGUGGGUGUGUUUGCGCGCGCCCGCGCGUGUGCUCGCUUGAUCGCUCGCUCGCGUCUGCAGGUCUCUCACUCUGGCGGUUUUUGGCCCUUUGGGAGUCACGCGGGUGUCGAGCAUCCGUCAAACGAUUCUAUGAGACCUAAAGUUUAAAAUAUGAAACUACAAGGAGUAAACGAAUUCAACAUAUUUGUUGCCAUUUUCUGCGUGCUCACCUUUCAGACUCUUUUUGUUUGUUCUAAGCCUGGCCCAGUUACUUUACCUACUGUUACCAAUGUGACAACAGCUUCUAUAUUUCUCUGCUGGGUCGCACCACUUGGAGGAAAUGUUUCCUAUGGAGUUAAUCUUUCAAACAGUGGACAAACCCGACAACUUCUAACCGAUCAAACUUGCCUUAAUGUCACCAACCUGAACUCUUCAACAUCCUAUUCAUUCACUGUUUUUGCAGUUGCUGGAGAUAAUAUAACAGUUAGCGAUGCUGUAACCAUCACAGCAUUUACAAAGCCUGGCCCAGUUACUUCACCUACUGUUACCAAUGUGACAACAGCUUCAAUAUUUCUCUGCUGGGUCGCACCACUUGGAGGAAAUGUUUCCUAUGGAGUUAAUCUUUCAAACAGUGGACAAACCCAACAACUUCUAACCAAUCAAACUUGCCUUAAUGUCACCAACCUGAACUCUGCAACAUCCUAUUCAUUCACUGUUUUUGCAGUUGCUGGAGAUAAUAUAACAGUUAGCGAUGCUGUAACCAUCACAGCAUUUACAAAGCCUGGCCCAGUUACUUCACCUACUGUUACCAAUGUGACAACAGCUUCAAUAUUUCUCUGCUGGGUCGCACCACUUGGAGGAAAUGUUUCCUAUGGAGUUAAUCUUUCAAACAGUGGACAAACCCAACAACUUCUAACCAAUCAAACUUGCCUUAAUGUCACCAACCUGAACUCUGCAACAUCCUAUUCAUUCACUGUUUUUGCAGUUGCUGGAGAUAAUAUAACAGUUAGCGAUGCUGUAACCAUCACAGCAUUUACAAAGCCUGGCCCAGUUACUUCACCUACUGUUACCAAUGUGACGACAACUUCUAUAUUUCUGUGCUGGGUCGCACCACUUGGUGGAAAUGUUUCCUAUGGAGUUAAUUUUUCAAACAGUGGACAAACCCAGCAACUUCUAACCAAUCACACUUGCAUUAAUGUCACCAACCUGAACUCUGCAACAUCCUAUUCCUUCAUUGUUUUUGUAGUUGCUGGAGAUAAUACAACAGUUAGUGAUUCUACAACCAUCACAGCAUUUACAAAGCCUGGCCCAGUUACUUCACCUACUGUUGCCAAUGUGACAACAACUUCUAUAUUUCUCUGCUGGAUCGCACCACUUGGAGGAAAUGUUUCCUAUGGAGUAAAUUUUUCAAACAGUGGACAAACCCAACAACUUCUAACCAAUCAAACUUGCCUUAAUGUCACCAACCUGAACUCUGCAACAUCCUAUUCCUUCACUGUUUUUGCAGUUGCUGGAGAUAAUACAACAGUUAGUGAUUCUGCAACCAUCACAGCAUUUACAAAGCCUGGCCCAGUUACUUCACCUACUGCUGUCAAUGUGACAACAACUUCUAUAUUUCUCUGCUGGGUCACACCACUUGGAGGAAAUGUUUCCUAUGGAGUUAAUUUUUCAAACAGUGGACAAACCCAACAACUUCUAACCAAUCACACUUGCCUUAAUGUCACCAACCUGAACUCUGCAACAUCCUAUUCCUUCACUGUUUUUGCAGUUGCUGGAGAUAAUACAACAGUUAGUGAUUCUGCAACCAUCACAGCAUUUACAAAGCCUGGCCCAGUUACUUCACCUACUGCUGUCAAUGUGACAACAACUUCUGUAUUUCUCUGCUGGGUCGCACCACUUGGAGGAAAUGUUUCCUAUGGAGUUAAUUUUUCAAACAGUGGACAAACCCAACAACUUCUAACCAAUCACACUUGCCUUAAUGUCACCAACCUGAACUCUGCAACAUCCUAUUCCUUCACUGUUUUUGCAGUUGCUGGAGAUAAUACAACAGUUAGUGAUUCUACAACCAUCACAGCAUUUACAAGGCCUGGACCAGUUACUUCACCUGCUGUUACCAAUGUGACAACAACUUCUAUAUUUCUCUGCUGGGUCGCACCACUUGGAGGAAAUGUUUCCUAUGGAGUUAAUUUUUCAAACAGUGGACAAGCCCAACAACUUCUAACCAAUCAAACUUGCAUUAAUGUGACCAACCUGAACUCUGCAACAUCCUAUUCCUUCACUGUUUUUGCUGUUGCUGGAGAUAAUAUAACAGUUAGUGAUUCUACAACCAUCACAGCAUUUACAAGGCCUGGACCAGUUACUUCACCUAAUGUUACCAAUGUGACAACAACUUCUAUAUUUCUCUGCUGGGUCACACCACUUGGAGGAAAUGUUUCCUAUGGAGUUAAUUUUUCAAACAGUGGACAAGCCCAACAACUUCUAACCAAUCACACUUGCCUUAAUGUCACCAACCUGAACUCUGCAACAUCCUAUUCCUUCACUGUUUUUGCAGUUGCUGGAGAUAAUACAACAGUUAGUGAUUCUACAACCAUCACAGCAUUUACAAAGCCCGGCCCAGUUACUUCACCUACUGUUACCAAUGUGACAACAACUUCUAUAUUUCUGUGCUGGGUCGCACCACUUGGAGGAAAUGUUUCUUAUGGAGUUAAUUUUUCAAACAGUGGACAAACCCAACAACUUCUAACCAAUCACACUUGCAUUAAUGUGACCAACCUGAACUCUACAACAUCCUAUUCCUUCACUGUUUUUGCAGUUGCUGGAGAUAAUACAACAGUUAGUGAUUCUACAACCAUCACAGCAUUUACAAAGCCUGGCCCAGUUACUUCACCUACUGCUGUCAAUGUGACAACAACUUCUAUAUUUCUCUGCUGGGUCGCACCACUUGUAGGAAAUGUUUCCUAUGGAGUUAAUUUUUCAAACAGUGGACAAGCCCAACAACUUCUAACCAAUCACACUUGCCUUAAUGUCACCAACCUGAACUCUGCAACAUCCUAUUCCUUCACUGUUUUUGCAGUUGCUGGAGAUAAUACAACAGUUAGUGAUUCUACAACCAACACAGCAUUUACAAAGCCUGGCACAGUUACUUCGCCUACUGCUGUCAAUGUGACAACAACUUCUAUAUUUCUCUGCUGGGUCGCACCACUUGGAGGAAAUGUUUCCUAUGGAGUUAAUUUUUCAAACAGUGGACGAACCCAACAAAUUCUAACCAAUCACACUUGCAUUAAUGUGACCAACCUGAACUCUGCAACAUCCUAUUCCUUCACUGUUUUUGCAGUUGCUGGAGAUAAUACAACAGUUAGUGAUUCUGCAACCAUCACAGCAUUUACAAAGCCUGGCCCAGUUACUUCACCUACUGUUACCAAUGUGACAACAACUUCUAUAUUUCUCUGCUGGGUCGCACCACUUGGAGGAAAUGUUUCCUAUGGAGUUAAUUUUUCAAACAGUGGACGAACCCAACAACUUCUAACCAAUCACACUUGCCUUAAUGUCACCAACCUGAACUCUGCAACAUCCUAUUCCUUCACUGUUUUUGCAGUUGCUGGAGAUAAUAUAACAGUUAGUGAUUCUACAACCAUCACAGCAUUUACAAAGCCUGGCCCAGUUACUUCACCUACUGCUGUCAGUGUGACACCAACUUCUAUAUUUCUCUGCUGGGUCGCACCACUUGGAGGAAAUGUUUCCUAUGGAGUUAAUUUUUCAAACAGUGGACAAACCCAACAACUUCUAACCAAUCACACUUGCCUUAAUGUCACCAGCCUGAACUCUGCAACAUCCUAUUCCUUCACUGUUUUUGCAGUUGCUGGAGAUAAUAUAACAGUUAGUGAUUCUACAACCAUCACAGCAUUUACAAAACCUGACACAAUCAGAUGGCUUAAUCCCACAGAUGUUACAACAACAUCUAUUUUGCUUUCAUGGACAGCGCCACAAAAAUUCAGUGAUUCAUACAAGAUAAAGAUAAUGAACAAUGGAAUUGUUUUUUUAACAAAAGAAACUUCUCUCAAUGUAACCGAGCUGUUGCCUGGGACUAGCUAUACUUUCAGUAUUGCUGGAAUUGCUGCUGAUAAUAAAACAGAAGGAGACCCAAUUUUCAUCACAGACUGUACAAAUACUGCAGCGGUAAUAAACGCAACUUGUGUUGGACCAAAUUACAAUGCAGUUCUUAAUAUUACAUGGCAACCACCAAGUGUACCAUAUACAAGAGUUUACAUAAACAAUUAUACAGUUUAUUCUCCUGCUACAUCUUAUGUCAUUGGAGGAUUAAACUAUUUCACCACCUACACAAUUACUUUAAUAAAUACUGGAUGUGGAGGAAAUAGUACUCCUGUGGUGUUAAACUGCCAAACAGGAAUCACAAGUCCACCAGAUUUGUCAAAUGUCGUUUUAGUGCUCAUUACACCAAGUACAACUUCUCAGACCAUUACGUUUACCUUCAAACCCUUUAGUAGCUCAAAUGGUCCAGUACUGCACUAUGCAAUCAUAGUAACUUCGAACACAGCUAAUGAAAUUCCUGACAAAUCUGUCCUCAUCAACACCUAUAAUGAUUACACUAAUGGUCAGACUGACACUUACGUGGCAACUAUAAUUGAUGUCAAAAGUGUAAAUCCAGCAGAAUUGUCUGUAGUCAUAGGAGAUGGAAAUGUAUACAACGCUUACGUAAAUGGUCCAUUGGAUUCUACAAAAUCAUACAAGAUUGCAAUUGCAGGAUUUACCGAACUAAACCUUUCAGCUGGAAGCAGAGCAUCAACAGGAGCUCUAAAAUUGACAUUGUGAAUUCUAUUUUUUCAUUCACCCAUUUUUCUGAUAUAAUCAAUAUAAUUUUAAAUCCUGAUAAUUCAGCUGUUAUUGGAGGAGUUGUAGGAGGGAUCUUGGGGGCACUUGUAGUCCUAAUCGUGGCUGCAGUGGCUUUUUUCAUCUACAGAAGGAGAAGGCAAAGCAGAAGCCACCUAUCAUCUAAAAAUGAUGUUGACCCUAUUCCUAUUACCGA